GUUAAUUAACCAACUGUGACUUCACUGCAGGAUGUUGUCAUGGAAUCUCCUGCUUCUGGCCAGUCUCCAGUUCGUGUCGACAACGCUGCCGACCCCAAGGUUCGAUUUAGCCCUCCUCCGGCCACAGCAAAGACAGCAGCCCAAACCGUGCGUGAAGAAGACAUCAAAUACAUUGGGGAACGAAAGGCAGUACUUUUCAACCUGGAACAUUGCCCUCCACUUGUAACAGAGGACCUUGGGGACAGUUUCUACGAAGUCACUAUAGAAGACGCCAAGUACCUUUUUGCAGACUACAAGAGGCAAAGGGAAGCAUUGGAAAACCGUCCUCUGGAGACCCAGCACCUGCGUGAACAGCGGUACGAGCGCCUGGCAAAGAACUACCCCGUAGUCCUCAUCAGGAUCUACUUCCCCGACCGGUUUGUGCUUCAGGGAACAUUCCUGGCUGAGGAACGAGUGUCCGACGUGCUACAAUUUGUGCGGGGCUUUCUCAGGGAUGGCAACAUGGACUUCCACCUUUACACGUCUCCCCCAAAACAGGUUCUGGACCCCAGGGAAACUCUGGCAGAGGCCAAUUUGGUUCCUGCGUCAGUGGUCCACUUUGGCGGUGCGAUGACCCCAGGGGUUCCGCUUCUUAGGGACGACAUCCUGGGCAUGGUCUCGACUCCGGGUGGAGCCACAGCUGCAGCUACACGCCUAAGGUCAGAUCUCAAAAUUGACGUGCGUAGCCAGACUACUGCCACAGUGCCACGGCCGCGGUCGCCAGACAACCGUUCUUCCAGUCCCCGGUCUCCACCAAAGUCUCCACCAAAGUCACCACCAAAGUCGCCAACAAAGUCGUCUACAAAGUCUCCCCCGAAAUCGCCGCCGGGGUCGCAGAAGAAGUUUGCAGCAAAAGAUGGCCAGCCCAAAACACCCAAGUGGUUUAUCAUGGGGAAGAAAUAGAAAUUCCAGUUUUGUCAAGCGAUGCAUCUUGCUGACGAAGAAAGGGUGCUGCUGAAAGAAACUUAACUUCUCAUAUGUUUUUGUACAACUGUGUGUGUGCUUGAGUUUUUGACGCAAAAUGGUACUUUAGCAGAUUUAUAUGCUAAAGUGAUGUUGCGAUGUAAAGUGCACCUAACAACGAUUGAAGAAGCUAAAAAAAUAAAUAUAUAGAUGAUA